UAUCAAAUUCCCCGAUUCAAAAGUCCGGUAGGGUUUACCCCCAAUUCUUCAUCAACUAUUCUGUUCUCUUCAGAUAAUCAUCUCUUAGAGUAUUAGUCUUUGGGCACAAAUCUGAGCUGCCGUCGAAUUGAUUCUAAAGCGCGGUAGGGUUUACUCCCGAUUCUAGUCACAUAGUUGUGGUUGCUGCUGACUCCAAAUCUCUGUUUUGGUGUAGAGGUUUUUUUAUUACUUGAAGCAAAAUCAGGUUGUCUAGAAUUUUUAUUAUCGGGUAGGAUCCGUACAAGUGAAAGGAAGGGGAAUAAUCUUAAGUGUAGGAGACGAUAAUCAAACACUUGUGGCAAAGAUAAGAUGUCAGCAUAUGACCAUGUUGUUAGUGGUAAGCUGAAACUGAAAGGAAAAGCAUUGGAUGUAAAAACCGGUGGCAUAAAAAAGAAGAAGAAGAAGCAAAAGAAACAACAUGAGGAGGUUUCAGAAAUAAAACAAGAUGCCAAUUUAGAUGAUGGGAAUGCAGAAUUAUCAGUUGUUACCAACGAAGACGAUAACAAUGAAUCAGACAAGUCAACCCGAAAAGACAAGGCCCUAAACUUUGCUGAUCAUUUAACCCCAGCAGAAAAACGAUAUAUCGAGCAGAGAGAGCAGCUUGAUGUCCACAAGUAUGCAAAAAUGUCCAAGAAUUCUCAUCGUGACCGUCUAGACGACUUCAAUCAGUAUCUAGCCAAUUUGAGUGAGCAUUAUGACAUACCUAAAGUUGGCCCUGGCUAAAUCUUCUCAAGAUGUUUAAUGCACUUUCAUGUCGAGUUCUUGUACAUUAGGUAGUUCAUUGUUUUGCGAUUUCUGAUUUCUUGGGUAUGUUUCUACUGAGCAUUCCUCGAACAGCUUCUGUAAUCAGAGCUUGUAGUAUUGUGUACCAAACCUUCACUUGUUUGAGAAUUACUGUCUGUAUUUCAUUCGAUUUUCGACUGCACAUUCCUGUAAUCAGAGCUUGUAGCCAUGUAGUAUUUUCAUUCGAUUUUAGAGUAAAAAAUGUAAGAUUUUAUUUGCA